GCAACGGUCAUUAACAUUAGCAAAACGAGGAUCAGCCCACCCUCUUCAAGAAAAGGCAAAAGUUUCACUGCAAAAGAAGGAAAUCAGACAUCUCCCAGUUCCACGCGGAGUUUUCGUCGUUAAAAAAAAUUAAAGCUGUAUAAUAUCUCUCAAAUCCAAUCCCUCUCGCUUUCAGGAAUGGAAGAUGAAACAACUGACGACAAUGCCAUAUCAGAGAGGGCUCUGGACUCUUACGUUAACUUCCAAAAACGGUCAUUAUUGCAUCGUUAUCUGACUUGCUUUCCACUUGACGAUUAUGCUCAGUCAUGGUCAGGAAACGAAGCUAAAUAGCUUGACCUAACUGAAAAAAUUCACAUUCUCUGUCGUCUCCCACGCCGUGAAGCAGUGAAACUACUACAAGUGCACCAGAAUGUUGGGGCAGAGAGUUUGGGGAUUUAUCGUGGCUGUCUCCUGUGGCUUUUUUAUUGUAGCAAUUGCACAAACUACGGAUCCUGUUGAAGUCAAGGCACUGCGAGCAGUCAAGAGCAGGUUAAUUGACUCUAUGAGGCAUCUCAGGAGUUGGAACAGGGGGGAUCCCUGUAAUUCCAACUGGACUGGAGUUUUAUGUUUUGAUACAAAUGGAGCUGAUGGAUACUUGCAUGUCAAGGAGCUCCAAUUGCUAAACAUGAAUCUAUCUGGUAGUUUAGCCCCUGAACUUGGCCAACUAUCUCAUCUUCGAAUUUUAGAUUUCAUGUGGAACGAAUUGACUGGCAGUAUACCCAAGGAGGUUGGAAAUAUUUCAUCAUUGCGGCUUCUGCUCUUGAAUGGAAACACGUUAUCGGGUUCUUUACCUGACGAGCUUGGUUAUCUUGCAAGUUUGAAUAGACUUCAAGUAGACUCGAAUCAUAUUUCAGGUCCAGUGCCAAAAUCAUUUGCUAGCUUGAUCAGUGUGAAACAUCUACAUUUGAAUAACAACUCGAUUAGCGGUCAAAUUCCAGCCGAAAUUUCCAAAUUACCAAGACUUCUUCACUUGCUUUUGGAUAACAAUAAGCUUUCUGGGAAUCUUCCACCUGAAUUCUCAAACUUGUCAGAGCUGCGCAUACUUCAGCUUGAUAACAACAAUUUUAAAGGGUCUAAAAUACCAGCUACUUAUGGAAACUUCUCCAAAUUGGCAAAAUUAAGUCUAAGAAAUUGCAGCUUGCACGGAGCUAUUCCUGAUCUUAGUAUGAUACCAAAUUUAAUCUAUUUGGAUCUUAGCUGGAAUCAACUUACUGGAAAUAUACCUUCAAAUAAGCUAUCAGAUAAUAUGACAACUAUCUAUCUGUCACAUAACCAUCUUAACGGAUCCGUCCCUGAAAGUUUCUCCCGUCUUCCUUUUCUUCAGAGGCUGUCACUUGAAAAUAAUUUUUUGACGGGCUCAGUCCCUGCUAACAUUUGGCGUAACGUUUCCUUCUCCAAGGGCGCUAGGCUUAUUCUUGAUCUGAGGAACAAUUUACUCUCGAACAUUUUAGGAGAGUUAAAUCCUCCAGAGAAUGUCACUUUAAGGCUUGAAGGCAAUCCUGUCUGCAGAAAUGAAAAUAUAUUGAACACAGGCCAGUUCUGUGCGUCUGAAAGCAAAUGGGAUGAGGGUAAUGAAAGUUCAACAAAUUCAACACUGACAUGUCCUAUCUACGCAUGCCCAACGGAUGAUUUUUUUGAAUAUGUCCCAGCAUCUCCAGUGCCAUGCUAUUGUGCAGCUCCUCUUAGAAUUGGAUACCGGCUGAAGAGCCCUAGUUUCUCUUAUUUUCCUCAACAUAUUUCUUCAUUUGAGAAGUAUCUAACCAGCACUCUGGACUUGGAACUUUACCAACUAUCAAUCAAUUCAUUUUUGUGGGAAGCAGGCCCCCGUUUGAGGAUGUACUUGAAGAUUUUUCCUGCCUUUAAUCGUUCUCACUCGGGUGUAUUCAAUUUAAGUGAGAUUCAGCGAAUCAGAGGCAGAUAUACAUCCUGGGAUUUUCCUAGAACUGACUUCUUUGGGCCAUAUGAGCUUCUCAAUUUCACUCUGCUGGGACCUUAUUCAAACAUAUGCUUCGAAAGUCAAAGGACAAGUAUCAGUAAGGGCAUUUUGGCUGCCAUUAUAGUAGGAGCUGUGGUCUGUGUCGCAGUAUCUUUGAUAGUUACACUUCUGGUGACAAGAAGACAUGCUAGAUACCAGCAUGUAUUGUCAAGGAAACACUUAUCCUCAAAGAUUUCCAUGAAGAUUGAAGGUGUGAAAGGCUUCGCAUAUAAAGAAAUGGUCCUGGCAACAGACAAUUUUAACAGCUCAAAUCAAAUAGGCCGAGGAGGUUAUGGCAUAGUUUACAGGGGGAAUUUGUCUGACAACACAGUUGUUGCCAUCAAGCGUGCGGAAGAAGGAUCCUUACAAGGCCAAAAAGAAUUUCUGACAGAGAUAAAACUAUUGUCAAGAUUGCAUCACCGGAAUUUAGUUUCAUUGGUUGGUUACUGCGAUGAAGCAGGGGAGCAGAUGUUGGUCUAUGAGUACAUGCCGAAUGGAACCUUGAGUGAUUGGCUUGCGGCUAAAGCAAAACAGAAUCUGAACUUUGGUAUAAGGUUGCGAAUUGCAUUGGGUUCAGCCAAGGGCAUCCUUUACCUCCAUACUGAAGCACACCCUCCUGUAUUUCACCGGGAUAUCAAAGCCAGCAACAUACUUUUGGAUUCCCACCUCAAUGCUAAAGUUGCUGAUUUUGGCCUGUCACGUCUUGCUCCAGUCCCAGAUGCUGAAGGAACUUUGCCUAAUCAUGUGUCCACUGUUGUGAAGGGAACACCGGGAUACCUUGAUCCAGAAUACUUCUUGACCCAUAAGCUGACAGACAAAAGCGAUGUCUAUAGCCUUGGAGUUGUGUUUCUGGAGCUCUUGACGGGUAUGCGACCAAUAUCACGUGGCAAAAACAUUGUCCGAGAGGUGAAUAUGGCUCACAAGUCGGGCACAAUGUUCUCCAUCAUAGACAGCAAAAUGGGCUCUUACCCAUCUGAAUGUGUAGAUAGGUUCUUAAAUCUGGCACUCGCAUGUUGCCAUGACAAGCCAGAAAAUCGACCACCGAUGUUGGACGUGGUGAGAGAGCUUGAAAACAUACUCAAAAUGAUGCCAGAAACUGAUUUCAUCUUUCCAGAAUCCAGUUCCACGCAUUCUGGCCAAUCAGCAUCAUCAUCUUAUGUGAACAGGGAUCUGUACAUGUCUUCUGAUAUUGUGGGGAGUGAUCUUAUUAGUGAUGUUACUUCGACCAUUACACCUCGCUAGACAGACGCUCAGAGAAUUCCCCCACUUUUUCUUUUCUUUUUUUUUGUUUCUUUUACCUCAUAAUAGAGGUGGGGAAGGCUUUUUUUUUUUUGCUCAUGUACAGUUUAGGCAUAGUAUGUGAAGUAAAUUAAGUCAUAAACUAGUGGUAUAUUUUGAAAUAUAUUUACCAAAAAUUAUUACU